GUCAAACUUCUCGUAACUCUGAUUGGAUGUAGGGAAAAUGUGCACAUUUAUCUUCAGCACUGACUGCAGGUCUUUCAGCAAACUCAAUGAUUUUCUACUCUAAUAUUUUUUCACUAUAGAUAGAUGGUUUCACUAUCCAUUAACAGUAGUGAGAAGGAUAAAAGUAACUUAGUCGCGCAAGACAUGAGUUCUUAUUUACCUAUAAGGCAUAGUGCUGCACCUAGACCAGAACAUGAAAUUCAUACGGCUGCGGAAAAUACAGGGUACAUGGAUCAUUUUUUAAAUAUACCCGACAUUUGUCCGACGGGAGCGGACUAUAGAUCGUCGCGUUAUUACAUGAACUCAUACCAAGCCGAACAAUGUCGGAUGGAAGCGCUCCAACAACGGAAUCAUGACAUUAGAAUGGGGCUUCAGGGUAGACCAUCAUUCUACCCGAACAUGAGUAUGGCAUCAAAUCUGACAAAUUUACGAUUCAGAGAAAAUAUGGAUGGACUUCCUAUGAAUAACAACAAAAACGAACCCAUGAGCCCGGGAUGUGCGCCAGGGCUUCCAACGGGAGACGCAGAUGGUCCGCCACCUUCGUUUUAUCCGUGGAUGUCAAUUGUUGGUCCAAACUCAAACCAGAGACGUCGUGGUAGACAAACAUAUACAAGAUUCCAAACACUUGAACUUGAAAAGGAAUUCAAAUUCAAUAGAUAUUUAACACGUCGCCGGCGGAUUGAACUUUCACAUAUGCUGUGCUUGACUGAGCGUCAAAUAAAAAUAUGGUUCCAGAAUAGGAGGAUGAAAGAAAAGAAAGAACUACAAGCAAUCAAAGAACUAAAUGAUUCAAACCGCUCUCCAGAUCUUAAAACUAAGUCAACAACUUCUUCGACUACGUCGGAAACGCCGACAAGUUGACAUGAAAUAGUUCGGUAGUUUAGACUAGGAUAUCAGCUAUUGUUGUCAAGUCAAAUAGAACGAGAAUUGAACCUCUCUAAACGAGAAUAUUGAAUUUCAAAUAGUCUGUGUAUCGCGCGCGUCAAGAAGAUCUAGGAAUAUCUCCGGGGUUGUGCCAUAAAAAUGUGUUUCACAGUACACACAAGGAAACGUGAAGCGCAGAAAGCCACUGAGCCAUGACACUUAUUUAUUUAUAGUAACAAACUGCCAUAUUGGAAUUCCUAUGGUGCAAAAACAAGACGGUAUGCUCAAUCACAGUAGAGUAUACCCCAAGUGUUCAUUUCUGUUUUGUUCAAAAUAUUACAGCUGCAGCUGUACCUAUUCGAGUGUUCAUAUAAAAAUUGUCAGUAAUUCCGGCAUUUGAAACAUAAGUGGAAUAUAUAUCGAUAUUGAAUGUUUGUGUCUUUAAAUGUUUUAAAAGUUUAGUAGUAGCCUUACUGGCAUGAUUGGUUCUUCUGUCAGAUUGUAUGGAUAUGUUAUGUAUGUGGUAUAUUGACAAACGUUGAAUUUAGGGAUUUUGUUUUCAUAAAAUGUCUUUAUAUAAAUGAAAUGUUGGGUGAUUUAUUUCAAAUAUAUUAUAUACUUUGCCAACAGCUAAAUGCAAUGCAUGAUUUUCAUAUCUAACCUUCAUUUAGAACACCUGGUAGAGUGUCCUUUCCGUUAUUCUGUAAUCAUUUGAUAGUCAUAAAUUAGUUAAUUUGCAAUCAAGAUGAAGAAACGCUUUCAGCCUUAUAAUUUAGAAAAAAAUGAUUUCUCAUUUUAUACAAAUAAAGCACUGAAUAUAGUAAACUCAACAUAAAUGAUCUCAAUAGUUAGUGGCCGUAUGUAUGCUUCCCUAUGGUAAUAAAAGGGGACUAGGAAAUGGUCCCUGAAGUAUACCUCUUUCUUUGAUGAAAGUAGGUUUUAAGCGGGGAUAUUAAUCUGCAUUCUUUUACCUCACAUUAAUAAUAUUAGACUAGGCAUGCAUUGAAUAAUAUAAGUUAUCAUAUACACAUUCACAGCUGACUUAUGAUUAUUGUACAUAAUUCUAUCUUAAAGGCAUUUUCUAAAUAUUUUUGGUCUCCUUUUUAAAACAAAAUAUCUCUGAUUCCAUAUGGAAUAAUUUUAUUUCUCAAAAUUAAGUUAAUAAUAAAAACUGCAUAAUGAUUAAAAUUGAAACCAAAUUAGGAUUGUUACAUAUCGCUUUCUUGAAUUACAUUUUUCAUCUCUUGACAUUUUUAAAUAAGUUUUAAACAGUGAUUGUUUCAAAAUUGUUCAUUAAUACAAUAUACCUUUUACUACAUUUUAAUCAACCUACAAAAUGCAGUUACGUUAAAACCAUACAGGAUACCUCAUAAAAAUUGUUUUUAUUGAAUCCACUGGUGAUUUAUUUCAUCCAGAAAACCAUUGUUAAAAUUGGGAAUCAACAAGAAAACCAUUGUUUGAUAAGAGACCAAAUAGAAAACCAUUGCCAUAAUUCGAUACCUCAAAAUAAAGCAAACGAUUGUAAUACUUGGAGUGCCAACCAGAAAACUACUGGAAAAGCAAAGAUUCAAUAAGAAAACCAUUGAAACACCCUGAUGCAUAAAUCGUUAUAGUAUAUUGUUUGAAUACGCAGAUCUGAGUAUAUAAAAGUGCCGGUACUUUCAAUGCCAUGCCAUUGUGUUUACAUCAUAGCCCUAUUAAUUAGUGUUUAUAAAGGCUAAAUUAUCACUUUUGUCAACACACGAUAUAUAUUUGUUGUAAUAUUCAAAAUUUUUGAAACGAUUCUCUCUCUCAGUAAAUCUUAUGUUUAACAAAUGCAUAUGACUUAAAUCUGUAAGUCUAUACAAUGGAAAAUAGAAAUUUGAUACGCAUAACUGUUAUUUAUUAUUAAUUAUUCAAAAAAACAUUCGAGAAUAUUUUCUUUGAUUUAGUACCAGUUGUUCUUUUUUGUAUGACAUAUAUCCACAUAUGCGUAAAUUAUCCGUUGUAUACAGUACUGGCUACAAAUCAAGAUAUUAUGCAAAAUGUUAUAUAAGCGAAGUGGCAUGAAUUUCAUGUUCUAAUUACAAUUAAUGAUAAGGGAAACUUAUCUAUGUAUCACAAAUUCCAUUCACACAUAGCUUAACAUGCAUGCCAAUGCCUUACAGAUAAUCAAACAAACAUUUUAAUUAUUUGCACGGGAAGAAAACACUUACUUUUAUAUAAAACGGCUUUAAAAACUGCUUGAUUGUGAUUACACUGAAAUAUUCAAUGUUUAAAAGAAUACUAAUAUGUUAAUUUAUAUGGGUCGUGGAAAAAUAUGUUGAUGUUGUCAUAGUGUUUUAAAUGUCUUUAAGAUAUAUUUUUCUGUCUCAGACGUUUUGUGAAAAUAUCCUUUUUUCUGCGAUUCUUUAUGUUAAUCAUAAAACUUUGAUAUAAAUUAACUUGGGUAAAUUUUCCAUGAAAGCUGUUCAGAUGUUUGUAUUAAUCCCCCCUUAGCCUUCUGGAUUUGAAAAUACCUUGCCUUUGCCAGCCAUAAAGAGCCAGGCCAUCUGCCCGUACCAUCAGUGUAGUCUGACUGGGCUCUAUCCUGCUGGUAACUCAACUCCUGUAUUGCGAUAUUGAAAUCCCUACAUUGUACGGCCUUUACCAAAUUCGAAGCAAAAGAGAUCAUCAUGUAUUACACAAAUUCAGCAGGUUAAGGGUUAUGGGAA